AUGGGAGUCCAGGAGUCCAGGAGUCCAUGGGAGUCCAGGAGUCCAUGGGAUUUUCUAUGUAUUCGUCGCCAGUUAUAUCCUCGUCUAUGGACAAUUCGUACUUAUUUAAUAUUACUAUGUUUAAUUGUUUUAUCUCAAUCGAUGAUCUCAUCAGGUUAUAUUGGUGCAAUUGUCUCUUCAUUAGAGCGGUAUUAUGCUUUUUCAACAUCAAAAUUAGGUUUUGCAUUUAGCGUUUACGAUAUUACGGGUGUAUUUGCUAUACCAUUAGUAAGUUAUUUGGGUUCAAGAAAUAAUCGUCCACGAACAGUUGCUUGUGGUGCUCUAGUAUUUGCAAUUGGAAAUAUUAUUUUUAUAUUACCGUAUUUUAUAAAUGGUUACUAUAUUAAUGAUCAGAAUAAUGAAUUAAGUAAUCAAACAAACAUUUAUCAAUCUCAUUUAUGCGGUAGUGAUAAUUAUAUUUACGACAAUAUUUGUAUGAAUAUAACACGAAAAAAACAAAUUAAACAAGAACAACAGUCUUUAUUGUUCCAUUUGGCACCAUCCGAUCUAUUAGAAAACGAACAUGAUACACUUAUCUCAAUUAAACAACCGUCACAUGAAAAUAAUUGGACAUACUAUAUUAUUAUUAUAGCCAUGAUAGUUAUGUCAAUAGGCACAUCGCCAUUUUACACAUUAGGAGUGACGUAUUUAUGCGAUUAUCUACAUAAAGACGAUCAAAGUAUUUGUACAAUGAUAUAUUUCGAAGCAGGUUUAUGUUCUUAA